CCCCGCGGAGCCGCGUCCCGCAGAGCCCGCAGCUCCCGCAGCUCCUGCAGCUCCCGCAGCUCCUGCAGCUCCCCGCUCCGGGACAGGCUCUGUGCGUUUGUAGGAGGAGUUUGCGGUCACCUCCCCCCUCCGAGGCGCUGCGGCCACAUUCCCCCGCCGAGGUAGCCCCCCAGCCACCAAGAUGUCCAGCAAACGUGCCAAAGCCAAGACCACCAAAAAGCGCCCCCAGCGCGCCACCUCCAACGUCUUCGCCAUGUUCGACCAGUCGCAGAUCCAGGAGUUCAAGGAGGCCUUCAACAUGAUCGACCAGAACCGUGAUGGCUUCAUCGACAAGGAGGAUCUGCACGACAUGCUGGCUUCCCUCGGGAAGAACCCCACUGACGAGUACCUGGAGGGGAUGAUGAGCGAGGCACCGGGGCCCAUCAACUUCACCAUGUUCCUCACCAUGUUCGGGGAGAAGCUGAACGGCACCGACCCCGAGGACGUGAUCCGCAACGCCUUCGCCUGCUUCGACGAGGAGGCGUCAGGCUUCAUCCACGAGGACCACCUGCGUGAGCUGCUGACCACCAUGGGGGACAGGUUCACCGACGAGGAGGUGGAUGAGAUGUACCGGGAGGCGCCCAUCGACAAAAAGGGCAACUUCAACUACGUGGAGUUCACCCGCAUCCUGAAGCACGGGGCCAAGGACAAGGACGAUUAGAGCCCAGGGCCACUCACCCCUUCUGCCUCAUCCUGUGCACACCCCCUGCCCCUUGUCCCCCCCUUGCUGCCCCAGAUUCCUCCCAGGAAACACCUCCCAGGACCAUCACUCUCCAUCAGGACACGCUUGGAGGGGACACACUCCUAUCACUGUGUGCCCAUCCAGCCCUUCCCUCCCAUCACGUCUCCCACCCACAGGCUCUCCCACUGGGCCCCUCAGCCUGGCUGUGACCCCCCCCCCCCCCCCCAGCAGCCAUUGAACCCCUCAAAGCCACCAUACCACUGGUCCCGGGGCUGGGGUGAGCAUCCCCCGCUGGUCUGCUGGGAUUUGGGCUGACUUGAGCCUGAGCGAGCCCAAUUCAGGGCCAUAGCACAGAGGAAAAGCAUCUCUUCCUCUCCUCCCACACUCCCCUUUCAGGAAAGAACCCCCACUUUGUUCCUCCUCCCUGGCUGUUUUAUGGCUUUAGAGCCUGAGAUCUGAGGGAUUCGGGAAGCUGAAGGGGUGUGUAAAGCCUGAGGGGUGUGACAGA